GAAUCUGGAGGUUGUUUAAAGUGUGCUCCAGAGUUUGUAGGUCAAAUAGCCACAUCACUUCUCCCUCCCCCUAUGCGUGCAAAGAUUGGGACGGCCCUGGUUGCUGGACGGGGGGGUAGGGCUGAAAUGUUCCGACUAUUUUCCAUCAACACCGACAAGAUGGCUGCGCAGGUAAACAAAGAAACGCACAAAUGGACUCCACAGGAAACCCGUCGUUUGAUCCAGUUUCGAGCAGAAAACGAGCAUCUUUUCCUCAAGUCCAAAAAAGCUGCUAAACUACUGUGGGAGACUUUAAUCAAGGAGCUGAGCUUGGAGGGGAAGGUGACGUCCCAACAGGUUUCCAAGAAGUGGGAGAAUCUAAAAAAGAAGUACAAGGAUCUAGGAAUGCUGAAUGCAGGAUUUGGGACAGACGGAGGAGAGGUUACGACCGUGACCUGGCAGUAUUUUGAUGACAUGCAUGAGGUGUUGGGUGGAAGAACGUCUCUGGAGCCUCCUGCUGUCGUUGCAUCCUUUAAUGUCGAUCCAGAUUCCAUAACAAGCUUUGAACUGAAAACGGAAGAGUUUGAGCCCACAGAAGAACCCGGCUUCUCGUCAGGAACGCCGUCUCCCAUUGUUCCUCCGGACUCCCUGACCCUAUCCCCUAAAAACAAGCGAAAAAGGAGGAUGAACCCCAUUUUGGACUUUCUUAUGGAAGAAAGCGCUAAAGAACAGAAGCGACAUGAGGAAAGCGAGGCCAAAAUGGAGCGCUUUCUGAACUUAUUUGAAAAACUAAUUGAAAAAAUGUAACCAAAAAAGUUUUAUGUGGAAUGUCAAUCUGCAAUUUCUCCCUUUUGUUGGGAUUUUUCCUUUACAGGACAUCAUUUUAACUCCGUCCGAAACCACAGUUGGAAAACAUCCUUGUUUUAUGGAAUGGACUGAUGCUAUAAAAUUGUGUGUUUUAUGAAUAGUUAUUAAAAACAAACCUGAAACAUU